AUGACAACAAAUCUUUCCACGUCCUCGGAGAGUGAGACCAAAGCAGACCUAGAGGUUGUUUAUAAACCCUGGGAUCUCCUUAUCUACGAGAUCUGGGUUCUUGGUAUCGUGAGCACAUGGGCUUGGGGAUGCAGCACCACCACGUAUCUCCUGCCACAGUUCAGCGCCAACAUCGGCAAGAAUCAUCUCGACAUUGGUAGCGGGACUGGCUACUAUCUUUGA